CUGGAUUGUGCACAGUGAGGGAUUAUGUAUAUCUGAAUGAUACAUAUAUUCUGGUUUGUGAAAACGGAUGCUGCUUCGGUUGUUGGCUUUAUGUAUAUAUACAUACAUAUAACCAGCCCCUUUCAUCCAGGAAGUAAAUGAGACGUCAGGGUCAAUGGAAUCAAAUGCAAAGGCCCGAGAAAGGGGGAGGGAAAAGGGAAGGAGAAAGGGAAAGAAUGGCCGGCGAGGAGAAGCGGGAGGCACUCGGAGCCUCUGCAAGAGGAUUUUGGUAAUCGCUUUGUUUCCCCAGUGGCUGCGAUGUGCAUAGGCAAUGAAUGACUCCGCUGCUGUUAUUACUGCUGCUGCUGCACGUGCCUAUAUAACCCAGUCCGGGCAGCAUCCCCAAAGCCAGCCGGAUCCAAGGGCUGCUGUUGCUGCUGCCCCCUCAGGCCAAGCCACCUAGCCGUCAAUGUCCAUAGGGGGUUGCUGCUAUCGCCGCCGCCGCCAUUGCGUCUGUUUAGGAUUGCCGAAGGGAAGAGGGCCCACGGGGAGGCCUUGCCGUUCCUGCUGCUCUUCCUCUGCAGGAGGAAGAGCAGGAUGCUGCACAAACCGCGGCUUUGAACUAUGGAAGGAGUUCUGUACAAGUGGACCAAUUACAUCACAGGCUGGCAGCCUCGCUGGUUUGUUCUCGAAAGCGGGAUAUUGUCUUACUACGAUUCACAGGACGAUGUUUGCAAAGGCAGCAAAGGAAGUAUAAAGAUGGCAGUGUGUGAAAUCAAAGUUCAUCCAACAGACAGCGCCAGAAUGGAAUUAAUCAUCCCAGGAGAACAGCAUUUCUACAUGAAAGCUGUUAAUGCAGCUGAACGACAGAGGUGGCUAGUAGCACUGGGGAGCUCAAAAGCCUGUUUGACAGACACCAGAACAAGAAAAGAAAAAGAAGUUAAUGAAACCAAUGAAUCUCUGAAAACCAAAAUGUCUGAGCUUCGUCUCUACUGUGACCUCUUAAUGCAGCAGGUCCAUACAAUACAAGAAUAUGUUCACCAUGAUGAGAAUUGCUCGUCGUCCAGCAUUGAGAAUAUGAAUGAAGCAUCUUCCUUGCUCAGUGCCACCUGUGACACGUUUAUCACGACACUUGAAGAAUGUGUGAAAAUAGCAAAUGCCAAGUUGAAGCCAGAGAUGUUUCAAUUGUCUCAUCCUGAUCCCUUAGUUUCUCCUGUGUCACCUUCACCUGUACAAAUGAUGAAACGUUCUGUUAGCCACCCAGGUACUUGUAAUCCAGAGAGGAGCAGUCACUCUAUAAAAGAAUCAAAUUCAUCUUCUCACCGGUUAUCUCAAAGGUGGAGAAGGGCAGUCUCUGAUAUGGAACCCUCUAUAGAUAUUCCCCUUGAAGAUACAGAUAGCUGCAAAAUGUGUGUGUGGAGGUCAUCUUGGGAAAAUUCAGGGGCAGAUUUGCAAAAUUCAUGCCACUGGUGGAUUUCCCUUCCCAAUGGUCACCAGUUGGCAGGUGCCAUUUCCAUCCCCUCCCCCAAGCUCCUAGAGCAGCCACCACAAGAGGAACUCCAGGUGUGGACCAGCAUAUUGUUCCAGACGUACUCUCAAUGGAGAUUUGGCACUUUCAGCCAUUCCUGACGCAACUUUAUUGGUUUCGAAGAAACAAUCAGAACUUGAAGAGACUCUUCCACCGACUUCCUGAAGAAAUGGAGGGAUCCCUUUUCUCUAAGUAACGCUAUGCAAAAGCUGCUGUACUUCUACUAUUGUCGUAGGGAGUAGUUAGUUCCCUGUGUGAAGGAUUUCUCUGCACUUUAUAGAAUAAUGUAAAAAACUAACUUUGAAGUGUAUUUUAUCUUUAUAUAGUUUUAUUUCCAAGAAUAUUUUCCUAAAAAGACACACAACCUUCUGUUUGUGCAUUUUUGAAACAAAUUAUGGUUCAAUAGAUAGGUAUGUACCUUUGUAAAUGUGACUCUUUUUAGAAAGUGUGAUGGGCAAAUAACUUAGUUUGGAUAUUCCGAACCUUGACAAAAAAAGUUUUACAUUUGGGGUAGGGAAAAUGUGUGCCAUAAAUGGGAUUGCUGACUUGAUCACAUAGCUAGUUGCUUUACUGGUACCAUAUCCCUUGGCGUACAUUUCACCUCCUGUUGAAUUGAGUGGCAACACUACCUUAUUUUUUUUCCUGGCUCAAGGUUGUAUCUUAUUUCAGUGGGUCCUUUUUCUAACUGUAAGCCUGAGAUAGUAUUACUAAAACAUUGUUUAUUGCCCAUUAAUAUUUUCUCCCCCUUCCAAAGCAAUGGUGUAUAGAAGGGCAUAAUCUCUGACACUUCUAUCUCUUCAGUCCCAUUGAAGUAAAUGGAAGAGUGCAAGGUAAGGGCAUGUCCAGCCAAAAUUAAGCACUUUGAAGUCCCAUUGGUUUUAAUGAGAGAUAUUUAAUCACAAUGAAACCAGUGAUAUUUUAGAUUGCUUAGUUUUGGUUAAGUCUUGUUCUCCAUUCUUAAAUUCCAUCUUUUUUCUUUCUUUCUUUCUAAAAAUGUAUCUGGCUUGCAUCCAAAAUCUGGCCAAUAAAAAGUAAGUGUUGGAUGUACAGUAUUUUUCUAAACAGGCAUAUAAAUUAUCUGAUUUAUGAGGCAUUAUUCUAUACAUGGGGUAAAGGUAUUUUAACGUUUUGAUGUAUUUAUUUCCUUUUGCACCACAAAAUGCCUACUUGUCGUUACUGGGAUGGGGUGGGAGGAAGAGAUGUGAAGCUGUGCUUAAUUGUUGAGGUGUGUUGCAUCACUAAAUAGCAUUGUUUUUUAAAAUCAUUGGGCAUGAUCCAACCAAAGGUGAGCACUUUGAAAUUAAUAGAUAUCAGUUGAAGAGUAAAAUGCAUACUUAACUCUUUCCCAUUUCAGCAAAUGGGACUAAGAUACUUGGCUCUGGCUGGAUUGUGCCCCUCCUUUUCACAUAACAGCAAAAUAUCCUUGAUGUUUUUUUUUUUACCAAAGGGUUAUUUUAGCACAUGUUUCUGAAAUAUGCUCUUCAGCUGCUGUUGUAAUGUAUUCAUAGUUGCAGCUAUACCUUUAUUUAUGACAUAUUUAUACCAAAGGGGGGUGGCUUUUAUCAUGAGUCUAAUAACUUCAGAAGAGCAUAUAUGUACAGCAAUAUUCUCCUCUCAAUUAACUCAAGUGACAAAUAUGAAUUCAUUUCUAAUGAAGCUGAGAAUCAUACUCUUAACUAGAGAAUGAACCACAUAACUUAGCCACCGUCUGUCGUAUAUUGUGGGCCCAAUUUGUCAGAAACCUUUCUUGCGCAGGCUUCGCAAGUGCAAAGAUGAAAUAUGCAGCUUACAUUUCAGCAAGGUUUGGACAGGUGUUUCUGAUGAACUGUGCCCAACGUUGUUAGUGUUUUGAAAUGUAAAUUCUUUGUUUUUGUAUUCACUUUGGGAUAAACUGGGUAUGUAAUGUCUUGGCCAUGGAGCACUUUUUCAAAAAAUGAUAAAAAAAACUGCUUUCUUUUUAAAUAAAGUUAUGUAAGUGUUCAAUAAAUGCAGUUUUUAC